AGCGUCUCCUUCCGCGAGUCUCGUGAUGGCCGGACAGUAACAGCGACAUUCGACAUCCCAGGGAUCAAGAAACACCAGCCGCACGUGAGCUACCGCGGCAGCAACCUCAUCAUCACAUGGGAGAUCGUGCGCGUGUCCGAGCACGAAGAGGGCGCGCGGCUCGUGCGCGAGCGCGCGGUGCAGCAGUUCACGCGGACGAUUCCGCUCCCCGAGGGCGCCAAGUUCGACGAGGUCCAAGCGUCGAUGGACAGCCGCCGCCUCAUCCUCACGUACCCAAACAUGCGCACGGUGCGCGUCGAACCGCGCACCGUCGAGCUACGCGCCGCCGCCGGGCGCGAGUCGCGCGAGGGCUUCGUGGGCGGGCGAGAUUCAUCGACGCCGAGAAAUCGGAAUCGCAGCCGCGACGCUGCGCGGCUGCUGCUCGGCGGGCAUGCGAAUCCGAAUGUACAUCAUAGUCAGCGACAAGCGUCGCGCGGGCCGCAGGAGCGGGAUAGGGACAAGGAGCGGGAGCGGGAUCGGGGUCGGAAUCGGGAUAGAGGGAGGUCUGGCGAUAGACUCGGGGAGAGCCAGAGGCCUGCGCACGGACACGCGCAGGGACAGGGACAGGGACGUACACGAGAACGAGAACGAGAACGAGAGCGGGAACGAGAGCGGGACCGGGAGCGAGGACGCAUGCUCUCUCCACCGCUCAUUGAGCGUGUCUGGGUCGAGCCGUCGACCGUAUGCGAGUACUGA